AUGGAAGCUUAUAAAGUGCCAAAUGGCUAUAGAGAAAUGCAAAUGAAGAUUUUGGACUCUCUCACAUACAUAUUACUUCAAAAUUUUGCACUUGAAACAGCGGACUGCGAAAGCAAAAAGGUUCCCAUUCAAAGCAAGCGUUAUGGUGAAAAUGGACUAAAAUCACUUCAGAUUUGA